CUGUGGUUGAUGGCAAGUCAAUUCGCCGACGCCACGCACACAUGCACACCAAUGCCCAGCCAGGAAUCAACAUUGAUGUAGCUGCUGACCUCGAAGCUAAUUUUGCAUGGGCGCCACCACUCGCACCUCAAACUCAGAACGUUGAUGAUGAUCUUGCAGGUCCUGAAUCCAUAUCACUUGACGAGAUCGACGCUGCAUUUGCGCUACUGGAACGCGACGCCAUGGAACAAGAGCCGGUUGACGGAAAUGAAGUGUUGGAGGGCCGAGUUUAUGAUUUCGUGGAAUUGGAGCAUGUUGACCAAGGUCUUGCACCGAAAUCUGUUGACGACGAGAUCAUAUUAGUUGAUCACACCUCACACAAUGAUGGACAGUGGGAUGUGGACGCGCUGAUGUCUUCCAAUGGUGUUUCCUAGUGAUAUUGUCAUAAACAUAGCCUUGUAGCGCUUUGAAAAUUCUGCCGAGCGGCAGAAGUGGUGGUUCUGCCGCUUCUGCCGGUUAUGCCGGCACAAUUACUUGCAAACAA